AUGUAUCGCAAAGAUCCUGGCCUCAGCCCUAGCAGCUACGUUGAUGAUGGUGAGGAGGGUGAUAAUACGGUAAACAAUGAAAAUGGUGAUGCUUCUCCUUCUUCUAUGUCUUUCCGACCACCGCCGCUGCCUGAUCCACCUUAUGGCAUUCCACGCUCGUCCGAAUUUGAGGCGGAACGUCUUGGUGCUUUCUCCAAGGAGUGGUUGCAAAAAGCAUUACCUGAGAUUGAGAGGGUCGUUUCAAACCAAGGGCUUUUGCCACAAAAGGAUAUCCUAUGGGAAACUGCACCACACGCCGCGCUUGAGGCGUUAACACGAUGGAGAUCUUACCAUGAUGUCCUUAAAAUUAUAAUGGAGCACAGUUUUUUUUUCUUGUUUGACUCUUUGCCUUUUUCUAACGACGCGCCAAUGCCACACGUGAUAUACGAGGAUAUGAUGAAAGCCUUGACGUUUUCAUCUCUUCAACGUCCACCAAUGGAGCACUUCGCGUUGUCUUCGAAGACGCUUCGAACGCUACUGUGCAUGGCGGCCCACCAUUGUACACUGGAUAAACACUACUUCACGUCCGCUUCGCUUCUGUUCCGAAAGAUGGAGCAGCAACAACCGAUAAAGGCGGAGGUAUUGUCUGCGUGGGUCUAUGUUUGCACCGCGGCAGGCGAGCUAGAGCAGGCUCUUGCGAACAGCGCGCAGAUGGCCGAGCGUGAACUUGAUUUUCACCCAGAGGUAUUUGCUAUGAUGCAGAACCCCUCGCUUAGCCCUGCCACGUUGCACGAGAGGGCUGCCGGCCAGCACAUCGCGAAAGGUAUGUUGAUGCGGCAGCGGCUCUGCAGGCGGAUGUCGACGAACUACAAUGCGGCGACCGUAGCACUACAUGCCAUGUUUGUUUACUACGCACUAACCCUUCAGCAUAAGACGAAGUGGGAGCUUCUCUCACGCGCUGUUGGGGACUUUGGGAGUUCUGUUUUGUCAAGGCCGAAUAGGUUGCUGUUUCUACCCGCGCCGCGUACGGUUCGGCUCGCGCUGCAUAUCUUCGCGCAGGAAAAAGGAGUACUUUGCGGGCCACGGACGGCCAAGGCCCUUGUGUAUUGCCUCUGCAACGAGUGGACCGCGUCUUCUGCGGCCGAGGUCGCAUUUGUAUUGCUGCGCGUACGGCAAAAUGAGGUGUCUGCAGCUUUUGGAGGGCUGCCUACGACAGCUUUCUCAGAGAAAGAAGCAGAUGUGAUUCGGACGGUGGUGAGGCGUCGUGCACAGACGGAUGGCACUUUUCGUCUAGCUGCCACUUUGAUUGGACACUUGGCAACGGGCCCUUGCUGGCAUAUGCAUCCACGGGAGCCAUCUUCUGGGUUGCGCAGGGGUGGCUUUUCCAACCUGGAUAUCGUUGGCAAAACGCACGAUGCACCUUUGUAUGACGACGAAAAGGAGCGAGUGAAUAAAAUUGACAAGCGACGUGCAACCCUACGCUCGAUUCUAUACCAGUUUCAACACAUAGAACAUACAGUAAACGGAUUCAAGGAAAACAACGCUUCAGAGAGGAUGGGAGGCUCUGCAGCGGACACAACAGAGAAGAGCAAUCCGAGUUCUAACGUAGGAGGAUUGUCUGCAUCUUCCUGGUGUACCGCGGAGACUAUUCCUGGUGCAGUGGGUGUUGUGGGAGACAGCAAGGAAUCAUGUUCGAUGGAAUUACCUGGUGUUACUCGCUCCGAUUUCAGCCUAGCAGGGCAAGAAACUGUGGUGCUUGAAUUUGUUCAAACACUGCGCAAGUUGGAUCAGCUAUGCAAGCCUAAGAAUACGGCAAAAUUCGGUGGUAACUCAAUUCCACCCCUCCCCUUGGUGUCUGAAGGCGAUUUAAUCGACAAUCCAGAUGAUUAUCUGUUCAAAACGCAAAAUCAAGAGGUUUACGAUUCUAAGAAAAUCAACAAAGUAUUAUCUCACCUCGACGCACACACCAGCCAGCGUGCAUGGACGGAGAAUAUCUUGAAGGAAGAAUUCGAGAAGGAACGAUUACGACUGCAUCUACCAAAUGCUUGGAUAUACUUUGGAUGA